CCAAAAGUAUCAUCUGGAGGAAUUUACCGACAUGUCAAAUUCGGACAGGGUUGUGCUCGCUCUCGGCGGGACAGGAACGGUGGGCUCCGCGAUUGUAAAAGCGCUUCUGGACAAAGGUUCCAGAGUGGUGGUUGUGUCCAGAGACAGUAACAGACUGGAGAAGCUGAAGAGCUUUGUCACUCCAUCCAGCAAAGGCAACCUGAUCACACUGGAAGGGAAUGUGGGGUCGGAGGAGGAUGUAGAGAGGGUGAAACAGGCCGUGGUGGAGGCGGCGGGGAAGCUGACGGACGUCGUGUCGUCUCUGGGCUUCAGCUGGUGGCAGGGCGGGCCCCCGCACACCCAGACCCUCAAGGAGCUACACUGGGUGCUGGAGACUCUGAUACUCAGCACCUUUGUGUCCUGGAAGGCCUUCUUCCCCCUGAUUAGGGACAACCCCAGCAGCACCUAUACCUUCAUCACAGGGGGCGCUGGCAAUAAGCUGUUGAUGCCAGGGACGGGGUUCCUGACAGUGGGGGCAGCGAGUGCAUUGGCAUUCUGCCACGUCGUGCGGGAAGAGUACCCGGAAGUGCCCUGCAAAAUCAACCAGGUGAUAGUCAACGCAGGUGUGGCCCCCCCAGACCGCAUGGCUCCCGGUUACCUGAAUCACCUGGACCUGGGGGAGACAGUGGCUGCCCUGGUGGAGAGACAAAGCUCGUCCCACAAAGUCUUUAAUGUCGAAUGUCCCACUGACCUCAAAGCCAUCCUCCUGGAGGGCAAUGUGUAG